AUCAAUUUUAUAAAUUGUUUUUCGCAUUUAAUUUUACUCUUCGCGUUCUGUAUAAAAAUUCUUAAUUGAAGCACAGUAGCAAACGGUCAGGCAAAAUUGGACAGGGCAGUCAACUAGUAGUGAUAUUCAAAGCGGCCACUGACAUGCUAAGAUUAUAUAUAUAUAUAUAUUCCUGAUAAACAGUGUUAAUAUUGCCUUGCAUAAUACUAGAAACAGUUAGGUUUUUCUUUCAAGACAAUAGUCAGAACAGUGGCGAAACAAAAUUCUGAUAUGGACAGAUGCGAACCUAUUCGAGUGUGGUAGAUUAGUCGAAAUCGUUAGUGACUGAGUAAACUCUUAAUACAGAUCAUAUGUUGAGUAAACUAAACAACUUAUAAUAUAAAUUGAAUAGAAUAAGCUUGGCUGGUCCUCAAUUGUUGUCAAUUUUUUUUGUAAGUAAACUAUUUGUUCGGUAUGUCCAUUUGAACUCAUCAAAGGAAUCAAAAAAUAAUUAUGAUUACACGAUUAUGCGGUGUCAGAUGCAAAAAUUUGAGGGUCACGUUUUUGUUUGUACUAAAUGUGUGUUAUGCUUGAAAAAACUAAGAUACUAGCAAGUCAUAGGUCCGCUACGGGUAAUAAAAUAUUCAUACGGGCCGUUUGGAAGGCGUGAAUGUUUUAAAAUAAUGUCCUCGCAAAAUUGUAAAGAUAAUUGGAUGUUUAUCCUCCAAUCUUUUUGCGUUGCUUAACAAAACAUCAACUCAUCUCUCAUUUUGUUGUUCAGCAGUUGAAAAAGUAAAAUUCAAAUUUUAAUCGAGGGUGAGAACAAUUUUCUAGAAUUAUAAUACGCUUAAACGACGUCGAAGUUACGCAGUAAAAGAGCGAAAAGUCACGAUGCUUAUAAGCCCAAAUCACCCGGGUGCAGUCGUCAUACCUUCACACAAUAUGGCAAAGACAAAGCUGGGAUUCGACAUUGCUUCUCUGGUUGCCAGCGAUGAUAAAGACAGAUUAGAUCAUUUGAAAAACAAAAAAUCUAUAUUUGUUUCUGCCUUUGGUAAGUCAGGAAGAAAUUCACUACAUGAGAGACAUCAUCCAUACAUGAAUGGAAACGUUGAACAAUUUCAUCGCAACCGCGAAGAAAAGUUUAACAAAGAUGCGGCAAAACACUUUAGUCAGUCAUUAAUGCAUACGAGCUUUGAUAAUGCACAAGAAACCCAAGAAGAAAGAAAGAAUAGAAAGAGUAAAGACUGGAAUAGAGAUAGAGCAGACUCCUGGUCAAACUCAUCAAGUUCUCCACUUGGUCGAAGACAAUCUACAGAUAAAGAUAUGUAUGUAAGAGAAAAUGGAACAUUUACAACUAGAGAUUCUCCGCCAAAGAUCAAUCGUACUCCGCACCUUCCAUUUUCAGUAUCACCACCUCAAGCCCAUUCAAAUAAACAUCGCGCAUCUCUGUCGCCUCGGAGCGAUAUUUCCUCCAAUUCGAACGGACCUGACGUAGAAGACAAAAAAUCGCGUUCUAUGUUACCAGUGCUACCUAUUUCGCAUCAAACUACAUCGCCAAGCGGAAGUGAUCUACGACAUACCUCUCCGAACUCUAACCAAUUCUUUUCUGGCCCACUACCUUCUCCGGUAGGAUGUCUAUCGAUAUCCCCUCAAGGAUAUAUGCACCCGAUGGCCCAUGCGCCCACUGAUGGACCAGGUAACAUGAUGGACCGAAUUUUAUUUCGAGCGGCUGCUGCUGCCGCGGCGGGAAUUGGCGGUGGUUCACAAGAGCAAAGUUUGCCUCCGGUAUCCAUACCACACACGUAUAUGCCGUCAUUACCACCAAAUCCAGCGGCAAUGAUGCCCAUGGACUCAAUGAUGGGCGCAUCAAUGAGAAACCCGUUUCUUCCAGGUGCUCCACCACCAUUCAAUCCAUGGCUUAUGAGGCAGGGAAGAAGUCUUCAUCCAGCACCGUUUGCCGAUCCUUUACUUCGAGCCCGUUUCGGGUUUUUGAUGUCAAAUCCUUUUCAUCGUAAACCGAAAAGAAUAAGGACUGCAUUUACACCGGCUCAGCUUCUACGCUUAGAACAUGAAUUUGACAAAAAUCAUUAUGUAGUUGGUGCUGAAAGAAAACAACUUGCAAGUUCCUUAAAGUUAUCUGAAACACAGGUCAAAGUAUGGUUUCAAAAUCGUCGUACAAAAUACAAAAGACAGAAAAUCGAAGAAAAAGCUGCCGGAAGGAAACAUAAAUCGGAACCAACUGACGAAAUUGAAGAACCCGAUGAAAUUGAACUGAACGAAGAAGAUGAAGCAGAAAUUGACAGGGAAGAAGAAGAAUACGAAAGAAUGCGUCAGCAACAACAUCAAGACCGGAUUAUUGGAAAUAGAAAUAAUUCAUCAGAUAAUUUAAUAAACUCACAUCAAAUUCAUAUCAAGAAAGAGAAAUCGGAUGAAGAAGUGUUUUGAAAUGGCAGUGGCAAUAUUCAUUCAGAAUACCUAACUGAACUAAUAGUAUUUUCCAGUAAAAGUUACAAAAACCAAUGCAUCAGUUGGAUUUACCCAAAUGAACAAAGUGUGUCCUAAACAAAAUCAAAAAAUUGAUUCAAUGAGAAAAUGAGUUGUAUUAUUUGAGAGUUUUAUUGUUUUUGAAGCUUUUUAUGCCUUCAUUUUAUAAUAUGCUUUUUAGAGUUACCCACUGAGUGAAAUCGCGGAUAGUCAGAAGUAUAUCUGCUUUAGUCUUACGAUUUCUCAAUAUGCAGGACCGAAUUGUAUUUAUAAAAUGAUCUCGAAUAAAAAAGUUAUUCCAGAUAUAGAAAUGCUGUCUCUUUGCAGAUUCAACCAAAUAAGAAAUAAGACUGAAAAGUUUUGUACUUUUUUUCACAUUUGUCACUGUUCCGAUAAGCAUUAUUUUUGUCAUUUCAAUUUUUCACUUUCUUAUUUUUUUAUUAUUUCAUUUGAUAUCAUGUCAUCAUUUUUCAUCGUUAUUUUUUCUAUUUCGUUUGUCAUUGUCAAACAAUUGUUUUGUUAUUACGUAUUUUCAUUCGAAUCCAAUCAAGAUUUGAAUCAUGGAGUCAAAAAUUAUUUAUUGAUGUACAGUCAAGCAUGGUGCAUAGAUCGCAAAGACCAUAAUUUUUAGAAUGUUAUGAUAGUUAUUACUACUGUGGAUUCAUUUUCAGUGAAAACCUCUAGGCAUUUCUAAAAUAUACAAAAAUUACAAAACAUUGCU